GAUUGGCAGAGAGGGAUGGAGGACACUGAGUGGAGGCCAGUGGAUGGAUUGGCAGAGAGGGAUGAGGACACUGGACUGGAGGCCAGUGGAAGGAUUGGCAGAGGGGGGUGGCGGAGAUGGAGCGGUUGGAAAGGUGAAUGAGUCUGGCAGCCGUAUUCAGGAUGGACUGAAGCGGGGAUAGCCAGCGGCGAGGCAGGCCAGUGAGGAGGGAGUUGCAGUAGUCGAGUCGUGAUAUGAUGAGGGAGAACGUGCAGGUUUUGGCGAUGUUGCGGAGGCGGAGUCGCACGAGUUUGUUAGUGAUUGGACUUGGGGCUGGAAGGAUAGGUUGGAGUCCAG